ACACACAUUGAAUGCAAACAAACGUUUGUUUUGAAGUUUUAUUGCAAUCAUUGAAUCGUUUGUUUGUUUUGUUUGACUUAACAUUUGAUUUGAAUGUUAUUUAAAGUGAUUUACAAUAAAACAUGUCUUUUGAUGAAUUGGUAGAGUCUUUCAGUGAAUCAUUUUUGGUGACCAAAGAGCCAAAUGACACAAAUAGAUGUCAUCCGCUGUACAAUCAAUUCAAGAACAACUCUAAGACCAAAGACUCGCUUCAAGAAGACAGACGAAAGGAGUUCUUUGAAAAUCAGAAGAAAAAUAGGAAUCAAAUUGUAAUGAAAUUCAGAGCACUUCUUGAAGAAGUGGAAAUGGAGUUAAGCGAUGAUAAAUGUCAUGAAAAUAUGGAUACAAGUAGUGAUAAUAUAUCGAAAGAAUGUCGAAAAAGAAGAUAUUAUGUCAAUAAAUAUAAAAAUCAGUUAAUGCUAUCAGAAUGGUUGGUCCAAAUACCGCAAGACUUUGCCAUUGAUUGGUAUUUAGUUUUAUGUCCGGUCGGUAAAAGAUGUUUAGUGAUAUCAUCUCGAGGACAGACAAAGUCAUAUUCCCGAACCGGUUAUGUGAUGGCAACGUUUCCAUCACUACUUCCCGGUGGAAAUCGACGGACAACACGUGGAUCUAAUCAGAAUUGUCUAUUAGAUUGUAUUUUUAGUGAGACUGAAAGUGUCUAUUAUGUAUUGGAUGUGAUCUCAUGGAACGGUUCCCAUUUCGGUGAUUGUGACACUGAAUUUCGUUUCUUUUGGUUAAAUUCAAGACUAGAGUCCGAGUGUUCUCAAGUCAAACAAAAAAGUCAGUUAAAUAAUUAUCCAUUUGUUGUGUUAAGACAUUGUGGUUGUAAUGAACAAGAAAUUGUGUCCACACUUCAGGCGCCCAAACAGUUUGCCGCUGAAGUUGACGGACUUCUCUUCUAUCAUAAGCGAUGUCAUUAUACUCCAGGUGUGACUCCAUUAGUCAAUUGGCUUAAACCACACAUGCUUUCAGAUGUCCUAAAAAUAAACAUUAAUUAACACAAAAUACUUUUAUGAUAUUUUUUGAUUUUGAUUAUUAACCCAAUUAUUUAU